AUGGCGUCUCAACAGAUCACACAUUUGUCUCUCCAGGCCGACCCUGAGCGGCCAGACUAUAUGAAUCCUGCGGUCUUUCGACGAAAUUGCCUCCCGGCACGAGCGUAUCAUAUCCCUGAAACAUCGAAGCUCCUCAAUGGAGACUGGGAAUUCCUCAUGGCCAGGGCCCCGUUGGCAGCACCAGUACCUGGCGAGGAAGACGUGACCGAGACCUGGUCCAAGAUCAUUGUGCCGGGUCACUGGCAAUUGCAGGGGUGGGGUAAGCCCAAUUACACCAACACACAAUUCCCGAUUCCGGUGUGCCCUCCAUUCGUACCUACCGAAAAUCCGACUGGAACGUACCGUCGUCAGUUCCAAGUACCUAAGGAGUGGAAUGAAAACUACGAGAUUCGCAUGCGCUUCGAUGGUGUGGACAGCGCGUACCACGUUUGGGUGAACCAGAACUUGGUGGGGGACGGUGACAAUGAGGUUUUCGUACGGGUUUAUCAGUGGUCGGACGCGACUUACAUUGAGGAUCAAGAUCAAUGGUGGCUGUCCGGAAUAUUCCGCGAUGUGACGCUGAUUGCGUUCCCGACCAAUGAUCGACUGAAUGACUGGUUCAUUAGGACGGACCUAGAUUCGACUUACACAGACGCGACACUGCUCGCAACAAUCGAUUACCAGGUAUCGAAACAAAGUAACCUUGAAAUCCGAUUGAUCGAUUCAAUUGAUGGCACAAGAAAGACGAUAUCAUCAGCAGAGCAAGUCUUGCAGCCCAAAAGUUCCAAGAUUGACCUAAAAGUGCCGGUAACUGCUCCCAAGAAGUGGACUGCCGAGCGACCUUACCUAUAUGAGGUGGAGAUGAUCUUAUCAUCCCCGGGAUGUGAGAAGACCUUCAAGACUACCCAGCGAGUUGGUUUCCGCAAAGUAGAGCGCAAAGAUGGUCUGAUCACAGUCAACGGGAAGGCGAUCAGGCUUCGUGGUGUUAACCGACACGAUCAUCACCCUCUUCUGGGUCGAGCGGUGCCGCUAGAUUUCAUGAGAAAAGAUCUGCUUCUCAUGAAAGCCCACAAUGUCAAUGCGCUUCGGUGCAGCCACUACCCCCCUGACCCUCGUCUCCUCGACAUGGCAGAUGAGCUGGGCUUCUGGGUCAUUGACGAGGCCGACCUAGAAUGCCAUGGCUUCUAUGAUGCAGUAGCUCGCCCGAUGGACAUGGACGAGACGCUUGGAUAUGAGGAGCGCAAGGCCCAGACAUUCCCAAAGUGUGGCGUUCACACAUCAGACAACCCCGCUUGGAGAGCAGCCUAUGUUGACAGAGUGCAAUCACUCAUGCAACGAGACAAAAACCAUACCAGCAUCAUCAUCUGGUCCAUGGGAAAUGAAGCGUUCUUUGGUAGUUGCCAUCGCUCCAUGGUUGAGACCGCCCGGGCUUUUGACAACACACGUUUGAUUCACUAUGAGGGUGACAUUCACGCGGAAACGACAGACAUGUUGAGCUUCAUGUAUCCCGCCAUUGACCGCUUGCGAUCCCUCGCAGUCACCGAGGGUGUUGCUGAUGACGGUACAUUUGACAAGCCGAUUAUUCUUUGCGAAUAUGCCCAUGCCAUGGGCAACGGACCAGGUCUGCUGACAGACUAUGAGAAAUGCUUUGAUGAAAUCCCCCGGUUACAGGGUGGUUUCAUCUGGGAAUGGGCCAACCAUGGAUUGUGGGUAGAGGGCAAGGACGGUAAGGACGGCUUUUAUGCCUGUGGUGGAGAUUUUGAUGACUAUCCUAAUGACGGAACCUUCGUGAUGGAUGGGCUGCUGAACAGUGCCCAUGAGCCGCUCCCGGGUCUGCUGGAGUUGAAGAAGGCUUUUGAGCCAGUUAAAUUGGAAAUCAAGGGACAGGUUUUGUCUCUGAAGAACAAGUACGACUUCUUGGAUCUACUCCAUCUUCAAGCUUCGUAUAAGCUUGAGGCAUUUGACAAAGAAGCUAAAACUUUGGCAACCGGAACACUUGAACUACUUCCUCUUUCAGCCGGACAGUCUGCGGAAGUGCCUAUCCCACAAGAGCUCUUCCAGCACAACGUUCACCCGGCCUUCUUGACCGUUACAUUGCACCAGCGAGAUAAGGUCGAGUGGUCUGAAAAUCAUUUCGUCAUUGCCUGGGCACAAGAGUUGAUAUCCUCUCCUUCUGAGAAUCCCUCUACCAUCGGGUUGAGCUCUAGUAAGAUGCAGAGCACCAUCAAUAUCAAUACUGCCAAGACCAGUGUUCUCAUCAGUGGAGUGGACUGGUCCUUUGAGUUUGAUCGUAUUCACGGACAUCUUGGGAAGUGGGUUUAUAAGUCAAACACGAUUCUCGCACCGAGCCCAGAUGCCGGGCCAGUCAUGAUCCCUGGCUUCUGGCGUCCUCCCACGGAUAAUGAUGUACCUUCCGCUGCGCCGUAUUGGAAGCGAUUCGGAGUUGACAAUAUCACAAACCAACUUCGCUCUUUCGAAGUCACAUCGUCUGAAGCAGGCGAGGUUUGUGUCAAAAGCGAGACAUUCCUUUCACCACCGGUUCUCUCCUGGGGCUGGAAAUGUCUCGCACAGUACCUAAUCAAACCUGACGGGUCACUGUCUGUAUCCAUCAAUUUACGGCCUCAGGGUGCUGCACCAAAAACUGUUCCACGAGUUGGUUUGGAUCUUCGCGUCACCUCUGAUCUGACAUCCGCACGCUGGCUCGGACUUGGACCCGGGGAGUCCUACCCUGACAAGAAAGUGGCGCAGAAGUUCGGUCUGUGGAGCGUUGACAGCAUUGAUUCUCUGCGGACUGAGUAUGACGUUCCCCAAGAGAACGGCAAUCGCGUGGACACAGCGUGGGUGGAGCUCAUUUCGUCAAAUGGAACUGGUUUCCGUGCAACCCCGCGGGAAAGCACUUGGUUGACUGGGGGGGACUGGUGGCUUGAGCUGGACCGCCAGCCCGUACUCCGACAAGCAAACAGAAGAUGCCCGCCAUCCUUGUGA